CCUGUUAUUGUACUUUGGCACAGCUGGCGAUACUCUCAUCUUGACUUCAUCACCAUGGAACAAUACUAAGUCCCAUUCGGGCAGAGGCUUAAAUACAUUGUUAAUCUUGGAUACAGCAUGGGGAAAUGCGAUCCUUAUACACCGGUGUUGAUUUCUCCGUGUCCUUUUGUGCCCUUCCGUGUUACAACCAGAUGAGCGUGCAAUGUCUCAUGCCUCUAGCCACGUUCGUGGAAAAGCUGUACCGGCUCAACUGAAGUUUCUCGCAAUAUAUAACCCCUCUCUGGGCCGAACCGAUGAGACGCGACUUAAUCAGAUCGUUUAUUACUACGACGGGACAGGAAAACCAACGCGAAAGACAGGGAAAGAUACCCUCGGGGGGUCGAAAGAAGAGGAAAAUGAGCGGCUGCGACAUAUUGGCUUUGCCCAAGGCAUGGUCGAAUUUGGAAGGGCAUUUUCCCAAGGCGGGUCUGUUGAUGCGAUAGAAACCGAGAAAUCGAAGAUCAUAUUACAUGAGCUGGAGGUGGGAUGGUGGAUUUUGGCUUCAAUAGAUUUGACUCGCCUUCCUAAGGCAUCCAAGCCCACAGGCCCGAAAGAUAAAACAACGGACGAUGGAAAUAUCGAAUACUCCUCACGAGAUGUCAAGCCGCCUGUUCUGCUACUUCAAGAUUUGCUACGGGCUCAUGCUCUAUUUCUCCUGCAUCAUGCAUCGUCAAUAGGCGAUUUAUUUGCUACAACCGCAAAGCCCAAGUUUACCUCCAUACUAGGACGAUACUGGGACCAGUUUCUGUCGACAUGGAAUGUCAUGCUGCAUGGCAAUCCAGCCGUGGCUGUUUACAGCGGUAUAAAAAUUGCAGGUUCCGGUGAACUUGGCAUGGGAGUUGGAGAGGAAGAUAGGGGAAGUGGUGAGCGCGAAGUACUGGAGGGAUUUGUUGGGAGAAUUGAUGGACUUGUCGACUUAGUCGUUUCGCGCUUUGGUGCAGACUCGGCCGAUUCGGAUAUAUCGAAAGCCUCAAAUCAAAACAAAGCUCAGUCACAAUUAGGACCUAGUGAGCCAUGGUUAGGAACUGGAUUGGAACCUGGGCCAAAUGAUGGUGCAAUUUUCCUUGGGGUUGGGGCAUUGUCGAGAAACUCACUCAGGGAUGUGACGCACUGGAUGGAAGACGUUUACAGUUGGGGUCCACGUGCCUACGGCGUCAAAGGCAACUCAACACGGACUCGACGCGCACACAGAAAUGGGCGACUAUCAAGCAAAACUCCGGACAGUAACUCUGCGCGCGGCCAUCCAUCAAAAGCCAGGAAAACGGAUUCUCGUUCAUCAGCGAUGUCUACAAUUCCACCUAUGCCAAAUGACGAUGGACAGAAUGGUGAUCUUCCAACAAAGCAAGCGUCGGUUCCCAUACUUGAUGAAACGGUAAAUAAAACUAGCCUGGAAGUAUUGGACCCCCAACCCGCCGUUGAAACGGAACCCAGAGAGAACCGGAGCAACUCAAGUUCCAUUCGAAGCCCAAGUACGUCUAGUGCCCAAAGCACCAAAGGCGGAACACUUGUGGACUAUCUAAAACUGGGAUAUGGGACACAUUGGUCACUCGGCGGAGGUACGCCCACGCCACGAGAUGCCAGCACGCCAAAUGGUACGGGACCAGGAACUUCUGCUCCUAGUGGGGAGGUAACUUCUGCAGGCAGAGAUAGCCAUACCGAGAGCGGCCCUGCCGAUGAUUCUACAGGCCAUUAUUUGGUUGGACUUAUUGGUGAUGUGGAUGCUGAUGACCCUGAAAAUUCGGGCUCUGACAAGGUGGGAGCUGAUACAACCAAUCCAAGGAUUUCGCUGCGAACGAUAAAUGCUGAGCUAGACCCAGUGCACUAUACCGUAUCAGAUGAAAAUGGAGGGACAAAUAAUGGCAACCCAUCACGUCCAAAUGCAUCCAGCGAAGAAGCACUUGAUACCCAAAACAGAGUCAGAAAAGACCUGCAAGUAGUUGUUUAUGCCAACAAACCUUUCCUCUUCACCCUUUUCUUUGAAGUUGGGACCGCCUCGCUCGCCGAUUCGAGCGUUUACCGAUCUCUGCAUUACCAGCUGGCGCCCUUGCAACGGCCACUGUUGACAUCAACGCGCCGCAAGCUCCCUCGUCCAAAACUAAGCUCAAUAUCAGGAGGAGAUGUGAAAACUCCAAUUUAUGACCUUAUGUGGGACCCAAAGAAACUUACAAUCUGCUCCACGAUCCCGGAUAUUCCAUCCCAUUCACCCACGUCGAGCAAUCUUCCUGUAUGGUCUCGGCUCGAGUCACUGAAUACCCACAUGCAAAUCCUCAAUACGUUUGCAUCAACGCGGAAUGAAGGUUCUGAGAUUGAGCAGACAUGCAAGACUAGUCGCGGAUACUGGGUUGUCUGGAGUAGAAUUCCAGAUCCAGAAGCAACACAGAAGCAAAGGAAGUCUGAGGGGUCUAUCACUCCUGUUGAGGGUGAUACAACUCCAGCGGCUUCACCAUCGCCAGGCAGUGGACAUAGCCCUGGUGGAGGAUCAGAUACAAAUAAGACCCUGGCUCAAGCAAGCCAUGUUCUCGACAAAGCCAGUGUAGCUGGAGACAAAGAGAUAUUCCUUGUCAGGAAGUCGAGUGACCCGACAUCGACGAACGCAUUUGCGAAAGAGAAUGCGAAUUCGCCAGCUAAAUUAGCUCAAGGGAUUGGAGUUGAUACAAAGAGAUAUAUCGAAGGGUUAUUGGAUAUGUAUAGGUGAAUUUUAUUUUAAAUAGAAAAAUUCACGAAAUAUUAUUUGUCAUAUGAUAUGCG